AUGAACAUUAUUAUCUGGAACUGCAGGGGCGCUCUGAAGCCCAACUUUCAAGAUCAUGUGAGGGAAUUAGUUCAGUAUCACAAUCCGGUAAUCUUUGUGGUAAUGGAGACACGUCUUGGCGGGGACCGUGCGAAGGAGAUUAUAGAUAGACUUCCAUUUGACGGAGCUAUCUGCACUGACACUAUUGGCUAUUCUGGGGGGCUUUGGUUGCUGUGGCAUUCGGAUAGAGUGGAGGUGUCUUUCUUAUCUAAAACGGAGCAAGAAAUCCAUGUCUCAGUUAAGGUGCGUUCUCUUAACCUUACCUGGUUAUUUUCUGCAAUUUAUGCUAGUCCUAGACUCACCGAAAGACGUAUAUUGUGGAAUAAUCUCUCUGUUGUGGCCGAGCUUCAGAACCUACCGUGGGUUAUGGCCGGGGAUUUUAACGAACCCCUUGAGGAUAGUGAUAAACUUGGGGGCAGGGCAAUAGGUAUUAACCGCUCUUUGGAGUUUAAGGAGUGUCUUGAUAGUUGUAAUAUGAUCGAUUUGGGUUUUUCGAGGCCCCGAUAUACUUGGACAAAUAAGAGAGAGUUGACGGCCUUAAUCCAGGAAAGAAUUGAUAGGUUCUUUGUAAAUCCAGAUUGGUGUUCUAUUUUCCCGGAGGCGAGAGUUUCGCAUUUAACUCGGUGCCAUUCCGACCAUUGUCCAGUGCAGCUUUGUCCAAAGCCUAUAUCUUUCACUCAUCUUCCUCGCCCUUUUAGAUUCCAAACUUGCUGGCUCUCAGACCCUUCUUUUCCCAGGGUAGUCUCCCAAGCUUGGAACCAAGCUCAAUGUCUUCCCGAAGCCAUUGACAAAUUCGGGAAAGAUGUUCAAGUUUGGAAUAAAAAUCAUUUUGGGAACGUCUUUGGAAAAAAGAGAAGACUUCUGGCUAGACUUAAUGGGAUUCAAAAAGCCAUGUCGGUUAGGCCAUCUACAUCUCUUUUAGAGCUGGAAAAGUCACUUCUUAAGAACCUUGACACAAUCCUAGAGCAGGAACAUGAGAUUUGGGCGCUCAAAUCCAGAGUGAACUGGAUGAUCCAGGGGGAUAGGAAUACUUCAUUCUACCACAUUUCAACUUUGGUUCGAAGGAAGAGGAAUUGUAUUGAAGCAAUAAAAAACUAG